CAUUUUUACAGUGUAUUAAAUGAAUUAAACCACCAUACUUUCCCCGGUUUUGCUUCCAUUUUCAACUGUGAUUUAUUAGUCAGAUUUGAGAUAUGUAUCGCACACCCAGUCUCAGAUAAUUAGCCGUACUCAUUUUAAUAUAAGUUAGGGAGCUAACAGCAGUAGGCAGGUUUAAAGGUGUGUAGAGAUAACUGGCGCCUAUCCAGGUUUACCAAUCCUCACGGCCACACCUGAUGGAAUGCAUUAGACAGUGUGUGUAGACAUCAGAGUAGUCGUGUGUACUACAGAAGUAUUGUUGAGCGUGUGAACGGAGAAGUUUGACUCGAGAGAAAUGCUCAAAGUGUAGGGGCUUUCAUGCAUUUGGGGACAUUUGGUGGAAAUCGGACUCGGUUGGAACUAGCGGCUUGGUGUUUGGGACCCCACGGACCGGCUGUGUGUUUUGGAGCCACUUGAAGAGCUUCGUCAGAGCAGUGACCCUGGUCAAUGUCAAAACCAUGAGCCAAUAGUGACAUACGACAGCAGCUAAAGCAGCCACACAGAUGUUUCGGAAAAAAGCCUCGUCCUCCUUGAGAAUGCGAAGAAUAUCAGAAAACAAUAGUAAACGGAGUGUGGACCGCACCCGAAGCUCCUCCUUCCAUGAGGUGCGCAGGUCAAAAGAGCUGGAAAUGAGGGCAGCAGCCUCACUUUCAGAGGACACCUCGGCUAGCAACAGCAGCGGAAGUGGCCACACUGUUCUACAGCGCCUCCUACAGGAGCAAAUGCGCUAUGGCGAGGGACGCAAUUACCUUGCUCUGCAACAGCAACAACAGCAGCAGCAACAACAACAGCAGCAACAGGGCCCAGUAAGUGGUUACCCGGGCCCUGGCAGUCCAGGGGACGAGCACUCGAUGGUCCCUCACAUUGCAAGGCAGGAGCCUCAGGGCCAGGAGCUGCAGGCCGACAACGGCAUGGAAAAGCUGAAUACGCGCAAUGCAGGAGGAGGAGGCAGUGCGGGCACAGGGUCAGGUGCUGGAAGCUGUUUGAGUGGACAAGGGCCGAAUCCUGAGGACCUUCCUACUUACGAGGAAGCCAAGGUGCAGUCGCAGUAUUUCCGUGGCCACCAGCCUCAACAGCCUCAACAACUACCCCCAUCAGUAGGUGCUGCAUUUUAUGUGACUGGUGUUAGCAACCCUAAGGUGCGACCCCCAGAGGGGAGGGCAACGUUGCAGAGGGUGAUUGGGGGCAAAGUGCACCAAGAUGAUGGACUCAAAGAUCUAAAGCAAGGUCAUGUGCGUUCUCUAAGUGAAAGACUGAUGCAGCUUUCAUUGGCAACCAGUGGAGUCAAGGCUCAUGCACCUGUUACCAGUUCUCCACUUUCCCCCCAACUGCCUCCACCUGGACUGCCAGGAGACUACUAUAAACCCUCUGGUCCCCCACACAGGGGUCCACCACCAGACUACCCUUUUAAGGCAAUGCCCUCUCCACCCAAGCAACAACAGCACCAUCAGCCUCCACACCAGGAGCCUGGACACUUCUACCCAGACCACCGUGCCACAAACCAACCCUCCAGAGCUGACCUACCCCAUGUCCGUUACCAGCCACCACCCGAGUAUGGCUCUUUCCGGUCAAAUAAAGAGAGUUCAAGUCAUUCUCAAAGGUCUGUCCAUCAACACAGCCCCUCAUCUUCCGUUACGUCAGGAGGAUCUCUUUCCCGUGCACAGGCUUCCGCUCUCAGCAGCAUCUUGGCAUCUUCUCACCAUCCUCCACCUAUGGGCCAUCAAAUAGAACCACCCUAUCCCAUGGGUGCACGAACCCCGCAGGGUCCUGGCUCCCACCAAGGCGAUCCAUACGGCCCAGGACACCCUCCCCACCAGCGGAGCCACGGAUUUCCUCAUGAUCCUUAUGGGUCAGCUCCCAGGGGCUUCCAUAUGCACCAGCAUCAGCAGUACCACCAGCAGGGUCAACAACAGCAGCAACAGAGUCCAGGACAACACUACCCCCAUCCACACUCCAUGCAGGGGGAUCCCUACGCCAUGCUAGCACGGGCCCAGCAGAUGGUGGACAUGUUGUCAGAAGAGAACCGGUUACUCAAACAGGAGCUGGAAGUGUGUGGAGAGAAGGUGUCCAAACUGCACAAGAUGGAGAAUGAGAUUCAGAUUGUGUCCGAAGCUUACGAGAACCUGGCUAAAUCGUCCUCUAAACGGGAGGCUCUGGAGAAGACCAUGAGAAAUAAGCUGGAGUUGGAGGUGCGCAGGCUGCACGACUUCAACAGAGACUUGAGAGAGCGAAUGGAUACAGCCAACAAGCAGUUAGCCGCUAAAGAGUGCGAGGGCACCGAGGACAAUCGUAAAACUAUCUCUCAGCUUCUGGCUCAAAAUAAAGAAACCCAGAGAGAGAAGGAGAAGUUGGAGAUCGAGUUGAAUUCACUUCGCUCCAACAACGAGGACCAGCGCAGGCACAUCGAGAUCCGUGACCAGGCCUUAAAUAAUGCCCAAGCCAAAGUGGUCAAACUGGAGGAAGAGCUGAAGAAAAAGCAGGUGUAUGUAGAGAAGGUGGAGCGGAUGCAGCAGGCUCUUGCCCAGCUUCAGGCUGCAUGCGAGAAGCGAGAGCAGCUGGAGCAUCGACUGCGCACACGGCUGGAGAGAGAGCUGGAAUCUCUUCGCAUGCAACAGAGGCAGGGUGGCUCUCAGAACACAGUUGGUCCUGAGUUCAGCACAGCAGCUUUGAUGGAGCAUCUGAGAGAAAAAGAAGAAAGGAUUUUAGCUCUGGAAGCCGACAUGACCAAAUGGGAGCAGAAAUACCUGGAGGAGAGCGUCAUGAGACAGUUUGCACUGGACGCUGCUGCUUCUGUGGCCACACAAAGAGACACAUCCUCCUCCAUCAUCAGCCACUCCCCCAGCAGCAGCUAUGACACUUCGGUGGAGGCGCGCAUCCAGAAAGAAGAGGAGGAGAUCCUCAUGGCCAACCGUCGCUGCCUGGACAUGGAGAGCAGGAUCAAGAACCUGCACGCUCAGAUUAUAGAGAAAGACGCCAUGAUAAAGGUUUUGCACCAGCGCUCGCGUAAAGAACCCGCCAGCAAGUUAGAUGCCCCGGCCAUGCGACCCUCCAAGUCUCUGAUGUCUAUCGCCACGGGAACUGGCAGCUCGGGCGGCUCCGGACUGUUGUCGCACUCGCUGGGUCUCAGCGGGAGCAGCCCAAUCACAGAGGAACGGCGGGAGGACCGCAGCUGGAAGGGCAGCCUGGGUGUUCUGUUGGGACCAGAGUUCAGAGGAGACUCCCUGAGGACCGAGUCCAUCUCCUCCUCUCCAUCUCCAGUGCUUCCCUCCACCCCUAUGCCAGCCGCCACACACUCAAAAACCGGCAGCAGGGACAGCUGCACCCAGACGGAGAAGGGUCAGGAGACCAGCAAGCCGAGCACGCCCGCCCUGCAGAGCGUAACCUCACCUAGCCGGAUCAGCAGCCCGAGCCCCGUCUACAUACCCGACCGGAUCGCCGAUGUGCCAGUGUUCCACAGCAGCACGCUGGAGAGGAGGGCACCGGUGCAGAACCUCCUUCCAUCUCUCCCGCAACAGAACCAGCCUCAACAGGACGUGGAUAAUGAAAUGGUAGAAAUUCUCAUCUGAUCUCGUUCAUGAACACUUUACAGUACGUUUCACUCCAUGACAUGUGAUGGGGUAUUCAGAAACGGCCCUUUUCAUUGUAGUGCGGAAAGUCAGUUUGAGUAUUUUCUGGUGGUCAUUUCCCCUCCAGACCCUUGGACCAAAUGUAUUGGUAAUUUUUUAUACAUACAUUGCACUACUCGCGUUGUGUUUCUUACUUUUUUGGGUAUGUUUUUUGUACUAAUGUGGCACUUGAGUAUAUAGCGGUAUGGUAACUAGCCGAACAGUUAUUACGUGUAAAUCAGAAUACUGUAAAACAUAUACGCAGAAGAACUGAAUGUCACAGAGCGUUUAGUUAUUUAUGCAUUAUGUCUGUAGAGUUCAACAAGUAUUCCGGUCCAAAAGCUCUUUGGAUGUGAAAGUAUGAAUGACCCAACUGGUAUUGGGUUUGUCUGUGUGAGAGCCUGCAGGGUUCCUAUCAGAACCCAGGUCCAUCAUUCCAGGUGUCUUCAAUGUGUGAGGUACCAUGUUUUGCUUGUGAUGGAAGCCAGAGGUCCACAUUUACAGUUUGGAAAGCCUUCAACCCUUUUGUUCAUUGUACUGGUCACUGUUAGGAAGCACAGUUACAGAAGACAGAAUAGCUUUAUGUCCAGCCUCAUGGUGCUAGAUAUAUAUGUAGCUUUUGACCAAAGUUAUCUGAAUAACAACAUUAUACUUAAAUCAGGUUACAGUAAGGGCCUUAUUCACGAUUACACGGAUGUGACAUGGACCAUAUUAAAUCAGUAAAAAGCAGAAAAUCAGGGGAUUUUGCAGAUAUUCGUCAUUUCGUUGUGUGCUUUGUAUUUAAUUUUUUGUUUUUUGUGACUGGGUCUCUGAUAGCACUUGUACCAUCAGGACAUCGGUUUAAUAUUUGCAUUUUAGGGGUGUGACGAGACGAGACACUUAAUCCAUGAGACACGAGAUUGGGUUCACCAGAAUGACAUUUUUACACUU